UUUCGAUGAUGUUUUUCAAUUUAGCUAUGCCACUUUUGCUUGUUGUGCAAGUUGAUGGAUUAGAGAUUCCAACAACAAUUAAGACAAGUUUAGGGCAUAUAUUAGGUGUAAAGUAUACAGAGCCUUAUACAAAGAAAACAGUUUACGAGUUCAGAAAAAUUCCAUAUGCCAUACCACCAGUGGGGAAAAGAAGAUUUACAAACCCUUGGUUUUAUGGUCGUUGGCUUGGGACACUAACAGCAACAAAGUUUGGUCCAUCAUGUUAUCAAGACAUAGAAAUGAGUACAGCUUUUUUGUCGAAUACAAAUAUUUCGGAAAACUGUUUACAUCUGAAUAUAUAUGUUCCAAAUAAUAUUUCGAGUAGAAAUGAUUAUUCCGUAAUGGUAUGGAUUCAUGGUGGCAAAUUUGAUAAAGGUCAAGGGAUGACCUUCAGGGGAGAAAUGUUGGCUUCUAGUGGUGAUGUCAUUGUUGUCACUGUUAAUUAUCGUCUAGGAAUAUUUGGAUUUUUGAGUACCGGUGAUUCUGCAGCUCGUGGUAAUUAUGGUUUCAAAGAUCAACAAAUAGCACUUUUAUGGAUACGAAGGUAUAUUAAAUCGUUUGGAGGAGACCCAAAGUCUAUAACGGUAUUUGGCCAUUCUGCUGGUGCAAUGAGCAUUGCACUUCAUGCCCUCAUGACUAAAGGUUUGUUUCGAAGAAUGAUUCUACAAAGUGGUUUUGCCACCUCGCCACUGGCUUUAUCUACCAGUGUGCCAAAAUAUACACAGAAAGUUGCCAAACUGGUACGUUGCUGGACCAGUGAUAAUAAUCUGGUUGUUGACUGUCUCCGGAAUGUAACAAGCAAGGAUUUACAAAGUGCAUAUCGAGAUGUGAUCAGUAAAACUGACCAUCCUACAUUCUCACCACCAUUUGGUCCGGUCAUUGAUGGAAAACGCAUCACUGAUAAUCCGUCUAAUUUAUUAAGAAAUUCGACUAAUUUUAAUUCAAUUGAUCUGUUGAUAGGAAAUGUGGUAAUUGAAGGUUCAACUUAUGUUGAACUUCUUAAUAAAUAUCAAAAGUCGUAUAAUUUUAAUAUAUCGAAUGGUAUACCGAAACGUAUACUGUGUAAUCAUAUAGCACCACUGCUUGUAAAGGAUAUAUAUAGAAACAACCCGGGAAUGAGUCAAGUAAUAUGUGACAGAUACGGCAAGGGUUCUAACUUGCAAGAACAAACUACAAAUCAGCUAGAUUUUUAUGGUGACGUAAUGUUUUACAGCCAAACAAAGCUCGCUCUAAGAAGCCAUUCAGAAGGAAAUUCAAGUAGUAAAACUUUUCAAUAUAUGUUUACACAACACACGGAUUUAACACAGACUAAAGUAUUGCCAUCAUGGGUUAAGGGACCUGUUCAUGGUAGUGACAUAUAUUUUGUGUCUCCUUUCCUUGAAUUGAUGUCUUUAUCAGAUGAUAAUAAGAAAGUAGCAGAAGCAGUAAUGAGGUACUGGACAAAUUUUGCUAAAUAUGGGGAUGUAAAUGGUGAUGGCCUUGCUCCUUGGCCAGAAUAUGACCCUACACUUCAGAAAUAUCUACAGAUUGAUGUUAAUAUGACAACAAGAAGUAAAUUUUAUGAAUCUCGCGUUGAUUUUUGGUUGGAGGAGGUACCAAAAUUAUUAGUUACUGUAGAAAAUCGGUCUAGUUCCUUUUCUUCCUGCGCAGUUCUUGUAUUCUGUAUUUCUAUGCUAGUAUUUUCAUUGUAAAUAAAAUUAAAUAUUCCA